GCCGACAGCUGCUGCGCCCAAGACUACCUCAACCGAUCUCCGCCACGCCCGCAUCCAUCAUGUUCACCCUGUCCGAGGAGACCAAGGAGCGCAUCUCCAAGCUCAUCGACGUUUCCCGCGUCGCCGUCCACUAUGGUUACCUGCCUCUGAUUCUCUACCUUGGCUGGUCGCACAGCACGCCGCGCCCUCCCGUCAUCAGGCUCUUCAACCCUCUCGCAUAAACGCGUCGAGUGGAAUGUAAACUUUUCUCGCAAAACUGUACAAUACGAUACCUUAUGGCGGUUUGAAAAACUUGGCGAAACGAUUA